GCCUCCCAGUUUCGCACUACGGUUAUCAUUCAUCUCGUGAGCGAUCCGCAUUGACCUGUGUUUGUUCGCCAUCUCAUACCUUGGACCCUCGGCGUCGAGAAAUAGAUGAUUGUUUCCUAAAAUUAAUGAGCUGUUCGUGAUCGAAUUGGAUAAGGUUUCACAAGACGUUUUUCUUGCUCGGAGGAAGAUUUGUUCAUCUCGUUGUUGAGCUUCUGGAAUGGCAGACAGGAACCACGACUCAGCGGCAACGGCUCCAGUGGCCAAUGGACUGGACGAGAAGGAACUACUGAACAAGAAGCUGGAAAAGGAGAGCGAAAACAAGAGUAAACAGAAGAGCCGCGGGACCUGGACCAGUCAACUUGACUUUCUGCUUGCUUUGAUUGGAGCAUCUGUUGGACUCGGGAACGUUUGGCGUUUCCCUUAUCUUUGCUACAAGAAUGGAGGAGGUGCGUUCCUGAUCCCCUACUUCAUCUGUCUGAUUCUUGGUGGGAUUCCGCAACUGAUCCUUGAGAUCGGCCUGGGCCAGUGGACCAACCAGGCUGCAGUGACAGCAUGGGAUAUCUGCCCAAUCUUCAAGGGUUUGGGUGGUGCUGGGAUGUUCAUCCAGUUCUUCUUGGACACCUACUACAUCGUGAUCAUGGCGUGGGCUCUCUACUACAUGUUCAUGUCCUUUACAUCCAAGCUUCCCUACUCACAUUGCGACAACGAGUGGAACACCCCGUGCUGCCUCGCCACCGGCGCAAGUAGUCUGGACGUGAACGAAACAACCACGGCAAUGACUUCGACUGAGAUGUCGUAUGACCCCACCGGGACGCCGUCUUGGAACCUCACCGACCCUUGUAAUGGAACGACAAUCUCAUCGACCGUUGAAUUCUGGGACCGCAAGAUCCUCCAGAUUCAUUUAUCGGAUGGUAUUGAACAACUCGGCGGCAUCAACUGGCAGCUUUUGCUCUGCAUGUUCUUCGCCUGGUUUCUCUGCUAUCUCUGCAUUUGUAAAGGUGUCAAGACGUCAGGAAAGGUGGUGUACUUCACGGCCCCUUUCCCGUACAUCCUGAUGACCAUCCUCUUGAUCCGAGCGGUCACUCUGGAGGGCGCCAUGGAUGGAAUCGUCUACUAUCUCAAGCCGGACAUCUCAAGAUUGAAUGACAGCCAGGUAUGGAUGGAUGCCGCUACGCAGAUCUUCUUCUCCUAUUCGCUGGGCCAGGGAGUUCUCAUCGCUCUGGGAAGCUACAACAAACACAAGCACAACUUCAUUAGGGAUGCUUUGAUAUUUUCGGUGGCUAAUACUGGAACCAGUCUUUACUCCGGGUUCGUCAUCUUUGCCGUGCUGGGAUUCAUGGCUGGACAACAGGGUGUCGAUGUAUCAGUAGUAGCCAAGUCAGGUCCAGGAUUGGCUUUCAUUGCGUACCCUGAGGCUAUUACUCAGAUGCCUGCUUCCACCCUCUGGGCUGUACUCUUCUUCCUCUGUCUCCUAGUCCUGGGUAUAGACAGUCAGUUUGUGGGCGUCGAGGGCUUCGUAGCGACGAUCGUAGACUUGUUUCCUAACACCCUUCUGAAGGGACAUCGUCGUGAAAUCUUCUGUAUCUUCGUAUGUUUGUUCUUCUGCAUCGCUGGGAUACCCAUGUGUACUUACGGAGGCAUGUAUAUCUUCCAAUUGUUCGACUACUAUGCAGCCAGUGGGUUCGUUCUUCUGUGGGUGUCUAUGUUUGAGAGCAUCACCAUUGGAUGGGCUUACGGUGGAUUUCGCUUCAUGAAGAAUGUAACUGAGAUGUCUGGGGUGAAAUGGAUUUCCCCUUACAUGAUAACAGCCUGGAUUUUCCUCUCCCCGCUCUUCACUUUUGCCAUCUUCAUCUUCAGUCUUGUGAAGUACAAACCCUUGACAUACAACAACACCUAUGUGUACCCGUGGUGGGGCUACAUGAUCGGCUGGAUCCUGGCUCUAAUGACCAUGCUCAACAUUCCCGUGUUCUUCUUUUACCAGCUCAUCUUCAAUGCUAAAGGAAACCUCAUCGAGCGAUGGAACAUCCUCACCACACCCUACCUGCCCCAUUGUCGCAGUGACACGGUGAACGCUCCCAACGUACACGUGGUCGACCCGAUCUUUUCAAACAUCGAACUCGGUCACAACAACCAUGCCGACGGUGAAGUCAUCAAGAACGGCCAUGACGCUGACAUCCCCCCGCCACCGUACAACGAGUCCGUCGGAAUACAGACCUAUGAUGCAACGGACAGCGUCUAAAGCAGUCGGUCACGAGACUAGUUGAAAGGUAGAACUUAUUGUCAUGGCAGCGCUACCUACGUUUCAUCUAUGACAGGGCAUGUCUGAACUUUUAACCAAUUACAGUCCUCCUUAUCUACGUUACAGGGUAGAUAACAAUUCCUAUAGUACAUCAUUCAAUGACUGUGAUUGGGUAUUGCAGUCAUGCAUGACUUGGCUUUCGAUUCGAAUUACUUUGCGACUUGCGAUGCAAGUGCAACAUUAGUCUUCGAAGAAUAUACCCUUCAAACACGUAUAAAAGAUAAAAGGUUGAUAGAAAUUGCAAACUACGUUCACUCUCGUUUCCAAUUAUGUAUACCUCACUAACAACCAAAUAAUACGAUUUAUUGCAACUCUUUUUUACUUGCAUAAAAAUUAAUUUCGGAUAAUGCAUAAUUUCUUCCUUCUGUAGAAAGAAAAAGCAAUACGAGUUGCAACCUAAAUGCAACAAAAGUUAAGGACUAGUAUAAUUGUGAACUAAAUAAUCACUAACAAUUAUUAUGUUUGAUGUCCCUAUAUUAUGCUAUCCGUGCUGUCUUUCUCGUCUUAUAUUGCAAUCAUUGUAUGCAUAACAUAUAACAAGUAACAUAGGUUUGAAUUAUAUUAUCAUUUGAUCAUAUUAAGAAUGAUAAAUUCUUGAGUAGAAUUAUAUUAAUGAUUGAUGAAAUUAUAGACAUUCCGAAAGAAGGGCCUGACACAUGCGAUGAGAAUAUAAGAUGAGAGAAAUUAUUGCAAUAAUUAAGAACUUAAUUGAUUCUGCAUGAAAAUGAAAUAAAUUGGAAGAUGAGAAUGACUUGCCACAUAAUUUGUAAAUAAUUGAUGUUGUGAAUGUCCUCGUGGUUCUGCUCUUAUGCAACUGAAUUACGAUGUUAUUUCUAAGUGCACAUAAAUGUCGUGCUGCAGAUUUCUUGAUGUACAAAAAUUGCUGCCAUUGCUUAUGUAGAAAAUGCUGUUCAACCUAUGGGUUUCCUUGCAGGAUAUUUUUUAUGAUGUAGUUAAAAUUUGCCCCAUCACAUAUUUUAACAACUUGAACAAUUAUGUUUGUGUCUUGACUAUAAUGAACAUCCACAACCAAAUUUGCCAAGAUUUUGAUGAGAGAAAGAAUUUGGCCUAGCCUCCGGAUGAUGAGUGCAAUUUGGUUAAUCAAAAUGUUGUUAAAUACAAGCAGUAAUUGAUAACUAACUUUCAUAAAUUUGUAUUCGGUUUAGAUGAAUCAAUUAAGUGAAUACUUGAUAUUUUGCUGAAAAGCGCCGACUCCCGUUGCAAAUUUUACCAGCGAAUACUCGAUGGCAUGCACGCCUUUAUUCAUGAGCGCUCUCUAUAUACAAGAGGGAAUAAUUCGUUUGAAAUACUAAUGAAGUUGGACAUGAUUCGGAGUCAUGAAAAUCUAAAAACAGAGGGAAAAAAAUGAAUUAAGAAACAAACCUUGAUUAAAUUUCUCCCGCAGUAUGGUAAAUUAUGUUUAACUACCUUACUUGUAUGCGAGAAUAUGUUGCAAGUACAGCAUUUAAUUAAAAUAUCAAAAAAUUAUAAUAAAUCAAUAUAAUGAUAAAGAUUUUUUUGUCCACUGUUGCAAUGACUAAAUCUGGGCUUUGAUAUUUAACAUCUGAAAUAAUUUGACAAUAUAUUCUAUUUUAUAGUAAUACAAAGAUGAUUAUCACCUUACACGUUUAACCCACCUUAUCGGUAACCAUGGUAAUAAUUGUUUAUUAAUCCUUCUCUUAAUUACUCUUGAAUCACAAUUUUGUAUCGAAAUGAAGAAAUUUCAUAUUUUAUAUAAGUCGAGUGUCAAAUUAAAUGUUAGAACUAGUCGUGAAAUUGGUUGACUUAUAAACGUGUAACUAAAUACAUGUACAUAAUAAGGAUGUGUUUUCUUUGAAGAAAAAAAAAUGUACAUAAUUAUAUAUAAAAAGAAGAAAUGUUUGGAGUGAUGGUAAUAAUAAACAAAAACAGGCUUCCUAAUGUCAUAUGUCGUUUAUAAUGCAAAAUAUUAGUUGUUACAUUAUUCAAGCGGUGUACACUGUCUGUAAAGUGUAAAUUGGGGGAAAUCUGGGUUUAAACAUAAAGAAAAAGCUCACUAUUUGAGGUACCGUUGAUUAAGACCAGAAUAGAUGCUUUCCUGCUACAUCUGUUUUGAAAGUACUUUACAGGUGAAAUGUAGCAUUGACAUUGUAGUCAGCUCUCAAGUGUUACAAUUUAAAACUUAUUAAGAUUUCUGUGUAAAAUUGCGUGGUUUUCCUGAAUCUGUUACAUCUGUUUCUUCCUAAUUUUGUAUUUGACCCUUCUCUUUUGAAUUUGUAUUUCUUUAGAUGAUUUGAAAUUCGGUUUAUUGUCAAUUGUUUAUACUCUAGAACUUUCUUAUGUUGAUACAAUGCGGACGUUCCCUGUUUAAUCUUAAAUCACGUCCAAAAUUGCUGCAUCAUGCUAGUAAACGAAGAAAAGGUGUGAAGUGCUUUCUUUACAAAUUUAAUAUGAUGAAUAACUAAUGAAUUAUUUGGAAAAUAAUGUUUUGGAAGAUGUUGUAAUGAAGAAGCGAUUUUAUAUAACGGUACUAACUAUUCAAAAUUUACAAGUAUGUCGUAAACGCACAAUUCAUCUUAUUGACCAACGACUACAUGACUAUUGCCCGUCGCACUGUCAUCAUACAUUUUUCGUAGCUAAAUCUGAUUAUACCAAAGUCUCAUGAGCUCCUUUAUUAGAUACCUGGUUUAGUUGGGUGAGAUUCAAAUAGAUCUUGUAUUUAUUGUGAUAUACCUCAUUACUCUAUGAUCAAACAAAGAUUUAUGCGUGUUAUUUGUGUCUGAUUUGGCUACAAUUAUUGUGUUGCUAUUUGAUUUGAGCACACAUUAUUUUGUAUGCAUUAAUACCGAUUAUAUUUAUACUCUCCUAUAUAUGCCGUCACAAACGUUUAGAGUUCGAUACUUAGUACAUGAGAUGAAGCAUAAUAUUUACAUGUAUGUAUAAUCCACACACACAUACACACAAUAUUUGCGAAUAUAAUGUUCUAAUUUCAAAAUCAUUCCAUGCAUGCACACAUGAGUUUUAAUAUCACUUCGGUAAUAGCCUUAUAGGGGAUUUUUUUUUUGACAAGGAUUUUAAAUAAGUCUCACAGACAAAACAAACAAAAUAGAAUUUAAAAAAAGAGGUCUGAAGUUUGUAGUACAUGUACUACUCUGUCAAAUUACACCGAUUUUUGUGUAUGGCGUAUAUUCGUUUUUAUAACCAAUUUGCAGUGUUAUUUGAUAUAUGCAUGUGCACUCUAAAUUAGGGAAUUUGUUGUGAAAAUGUGCUUGUGUACACUUUCAUAAAAUGUAUGCUACCCCAUUUUGUUUCUUCUGUGAGAAUGAAUUAAAUAAAGUUUGUAUCAAAUUAUUUUCAUAGGAUUCUCAUGUACUGCAUAACAAGCAGCCCUGACCAAUUACCUGCCAUACUUUUUGACGAUAUUGAACUUAUAUUAAAUCCCAUUUUUGUGUGAAAAGUAAUAUAUUUUGAUUUGAAUGUGUAUGUUUUGUUGAUUUGUAGAAUAGGUUGUGAUGUUCUUCUUCUUUUUUUCCCGCAAAAUACAUGAGCAGACAUUAUGAUGUCAUGAUUGUACCGACAUCCGUUUCAAAUUUUGUUUGGUAUGAAAAAUGAAAGCACCUUGGAUUAUUGUCAUGCGACGGGUCACUCCAAAAAAAAAACGCUGCUAUAAUUACGUUGCAAGGCUACUGAGAUAUGCAAAUAAUAAUAAUAAUACUUUUAUAAAAAAUGAUUAGAAUUUUAACAAAUACGUCAUCAUUGCCAAAUCAAUACCAAAUGCACGUUAAUAGUGCGUUCAAACUUUUUUGUUUAUCAAAGUGUAAUACGACGAAAACGAAUGCAAUUUCUAUUUUAAAAAAUCCUUAUUAUAGUCACACGACUAGAUUGUCCAUACUUUUCGGAAGACAUUUUAAGAUAGAUUCGAGGAUUGAAACAUUUAUAUCUUCUCCAGUGGUCCUGUGAGUACAUUGUAGCAGUGAAAUGAUUGAGUGGUGAAUUUGAAACAAUAAAACGACAAUCGUA